ACUAGUAUUUUACACUAAUAUUCAACUCAAACACCACUGAGUUUCAGUAGUUGUUGUAUUUCACAGUUUUGACUCUCCAAACAAAAAACAAAACACUAUCUUCCAAAUUCCCAACUUGUCAAAUGUUCUUGCUUUUCCUCAAUCUCUUCCAAUCACCAUUUUCAUCUCAAUUUUCUAUUUUAACCCUCUCUUCUACUUCUACAAUCUCUCUUCUUCUUAUUCUUGGUACCUUGUGCCCUUCAGGCCAUGGGCCCUAAACUCCACUGAAAUUUCAUCCCAACAAUCAAAACAGCAUCUUUACCUCUUUCAGUGCUUGCCCUUUCUUCCCAAUUUUCUGCUGUCUCGCAUUUAACCUUUUUCAGCUCACAAGAUAAGAUUUAGGGCAUUUUGUUUUACUUAUUCUUUGCCAAUUUUCGAUUUGGGGUUUUUUUAUGCCCCACUUGGGUUUUCUUUGAUCAUGUUGUUUGAGUUGGAAAGUGUAGCUCAAAUUCCUUUAUGAAGCUUGAUUCUCUAUAAUUUUGUGUUGGGUAUGGUGUUUGAGGGAUAAAGACUUGAUUUUUGAGGUGGGUUUUUGCUUGAACCAAUUGUAGCUCUGGAAAAUGGAUAGAGUUCUUCAACCUCCUUUGGUUGAUACUACUGCAUGUUUAUGUAGAGUAGAUACGGGCCUCAGAACUGUUGCUGGAGCAAAGAAGUAUGUUCCUGGAACAAAGCUUUGUCUUCGGCCUGACAUAAAGCCGUCUAUUCACCCUACUAGAAACAAGCCAGCACGUGGUGACAGAAGCCGUAAUCAAUCUCCGUUACUACCAGGACUCCCAGAUGAUCUUGCUAUUGCUUGCCUAAUCCGAGUCCCUCGUGUUGAACACCGUAAACUUCGGCUAGUUUGCAAAAGAUGGUAUCGACUUUUGGUUGGUAACUUCUUUUACUCUCUGCGCAAGAGUCUUAGACUUGCGGAAGAGUGGAUAUAUGUCAUUAAGAGAGACCGAGACGGGAAAAUCUCGUGGCAUGCUUUUGAUCCUGUGUACCAACAAUGGCAGCCCUUGCCUCCUGUUCCUAAAGAAUAUUCUGGAGCUCUUGGUUUUGGGUGUGCUGUUCUGAAUGGCUGUCACCUAUACUUGUUUGGUGGGAAGGACCCUCUUAAGGGAUCCAUGAGACGCGUGAUUUUUUAUAGUACUAGAACAAAUAAAUGGCACCGUGCCCCGGACAUGCUUCGUAGGCGGCACUUCUUUGGCUCCUGUGUUAUAAACAAUUGCCUGUUUGUGGCUGGUGGGGAGAAUGAAGGUGUGCAUCGGUCCUUGAGAUCAGCUGAAGUUUUUGAUCCGAACAAAAAUCGAUGGUCAUUUAUUUCAGAUAUGAGCACUGCAAUGGUUCCUUUCAUUGGAGUUGUCUAUGACGGGAAGUGGUUCCUUAAGGGACUCGGUUCUCAUCGACAGGUUCUUAGUGAGGUCUAUCAGCCAGAGAAUAAUACUUGGUGCCCUGUUCAAAGCGGAAUGGUUUCUGGCUGGAGGAACCCUAGCACUUCUCUUAACGGAAAGCUUUAUGCUUUAGACUGCAAAGAUGGCUGCAAACUUAGGGUUUACGACGAUGCUACUGAUUCAUGGAGCAAGCAUAUCGACAGUAGAAUGCACUUGGGAAGCUCACGGGCUUUGGAGGCUGCAGCCCUCAUCCCCCUCAACGGGAAACUCUGUAUUAUCCGGAAUAAUAUGAGCAUUUCUCUGGUCGAUGUUUCAAAACUUGAAGAUUUGAAAGGAUCUUCCGCUGAACAGUUAUGGGAAACUAUUGCAGGGAAAGGACAGUUCAAAACCUUAGUCACAAAUCUGUUAUCUAGCCUUGCUGGUAGAAACCGACUCAAAACUCACAUAGUUCACUCUCAGGUUCUUCAAGCUUAAAGGUUGCAUAGUACUCAAAAAUCUACCAUGACUUUUGUCACGAUCGUAUACAUGAAAAGGUGGCCAAAUCUUACCAGAACACCACAGUGCAGUUCAACGCUGCAUUCCAUCUCAAACCCUUCCUCGUGAGAGGUGAUAUAUCGAUGAUAUGUUUACUAGUCUAUAGUGCCGCAUACAUUGAUACACAACUGUUACAUUUUGAAAAUGUAGCAGGCUUUUGACCAUGUCUCAUGGUUUAUUAUUAGCCUUUUGUUUUAUGUUGCUGCAAACAAUGUAUAACAUAAAGAAGACUUAGGGUCAGUUUGGUAUUCUCAUAAAACUGAGGGUGAAAAAUUCAAGAACAAGGUUUGAAUAUAAAUUUUCAUGUAAAACUCAUCUAUGAAUUUUUCACCCUCAUUUUCUGCCGUGACUACCAAAUGUUUGUCAACUCUUAAAUUAUAUAUUUACAACUCUUGCAGAUUCUUAUACGUGUAAAAGUGGUAUUGACUAGCCAUAUGUUUUGUACUAUAUGAUCAAAGUCUUUUUGGAUGAAAAAUUGCAACUUUCAAAGUCUA